AUGCAGGAUUCUAUCCCUUCCACCCCAUCUUGGGUCGCCCUGUCAGCCAAGCUACCAAUACCAAAACAGCCUAACAAAGGCAUAUCCGACGCUCAGAAAAAAGCACUCCGUGUCUAUGCAUCUGAGACACUCCCUAAACCUACUCAGAGAGCAUGUGCUGAGUGGUUUGCAUCUAAAUUCAGGCGUCAUAUCAACCGUGCAACCGUCUCAAAGAUCCUUUCAUCUAAAUACGAGUACCUUGAUACUGGUUUUGCUGGCCAGAACAAACGCCCGUUAGCAUCUCGAUGGCCUCUGUUAGACGAGGCCCUACAUAUCUGGCAACAAUGUCACGAGGAUGCCGGCUUUCCUAUAACAGGGCCAUUGAUUCAGAGCAAGGCCGUCGAAUUUUGGAGGAAAAUACCUCAGUAUAAAGACCUCGACCCGCCGCUCUUCUCUGAAGGGUGGCUUUCCCGGUUCAAACAACGCCAUUCGAUCCGAUAUCAUACCUCCUACGGCGAAUCUGCAUCAGUCCCGACCUCAAUAUAUACCGAGAUAGAAGCUAUUCAGGCUAUCUGCGACCAAUAUCAGCCAAGUGAUAUCUAUAAUAUAGAUGAAACUGGUCUAUUCUGGCGUCGAAUGCCAAAUGGAGGUCUAUCGAGUAAGGGUAGUCCUGGAUACAAAAAAGAUAAGACCAGGAUUACUCUCGCAGUGACGACCAAUGCCAGUGGUUCAGACCGAAUGCCUCUAUGGUUAAUAGGCACUGCAAAAAUGCCUCAUGCUCUACGAAAACUUAAUAUCCCAGCACUUGGAUGUGUCUGGCGGUGGAACAAGAACGCAUCGAUGCGCGGUGAUGUUAUGGAAGAAUGGUUCCGCUCGUUUUAUAGGCAUAUUGGCUCACAAAGACGAGUCGUUCUAUUACUCGAUAACUUCAGCGCGCAUCUCUCUGCGCUUGAUAAUACGCCGCCGCCGUCGAAUAUCAAAGUCCUUUUUUUGCCACCAAACGCCACCUCAGUUUACCAGCCAUUGGACCUGGGUAUCAUCAGAAACCUUAAGCACCAUUAUCGGAAGAAAUGGUUGACAUGGAUGGUUAAUAUGAUAGACCGCGGCGUCGAUCCUACGCAGAGAAUGAGCCUCUAUUACACACUACAUUGGAUCACCCAGGCCUGGAGACGUGAUGUUCUAGAUGAGACUAUUCAGAAGUGCUUUAUCAAGAGUACACUUAUUGGUCCUAGUACUAAUGACAUGAAUACGUCUCAAUCUGAGGACCUUCAACUAGGUGAUUUAUAUUCGCAGGUGACCGACCGGCUUCCUGGUACAGAGGUUAUGGCAUUAGAUGAAUUCCUAGACCCUCCAGGAGAAAAUCUCGAUGUUGACGAGCCUGAUUUAUCUGAUAAAAUCGUUCGUUUUUCAGAAGAAAACACAGGUGAUUGUGAUGGGGUCCACGAUAGCGAGGACGAACAGGACGAAUAUAUAUUCGGACCACCGCUGAAUAUCCUAUCACGUGUCGAAGCUAUUGAAUAUAUGCACAAAGCUCUUCAAUUUGCUCAGCACCAAGAGGGUAUUACCGAGAGAGAUCUCUAUGAUAUAGAGAGGAUAGGACAGCUUUUUUCUCGACUACAGAAUGACGGAAAGAAACAAAGGAAGGUGGAUGACUACUUUAGACCAAAAAUAGACUAG